AUGACCAAGGCAGGAGCUUUAGCACCCUGGACAUCCAAUAGGAGUAAAAGCAGGCAAUCUGAGAAAACAAAUACUCCAUCAGAUGAAGUGAACGAGGGAUCGACAAAAACUAAACCUAAAGAUAGUUUGUCUAAUGGAAGCCAAACAGAGAAUCACAUGUUCGAGGUCAACAUGCCAAAUCAGUCUCCUCAAACUCAACGACACGAGGGCACUCUGCAAAAUCAGAGCACUCAGCAAACUGAAAGUAGUCUGGAUCCUCCAUCACAUCAGGGUAAUCAGCAUCUGCAAUCACCCCAGGCAAAUGAUAUCAUUGGUACGUUUAGCUACUCUGAUAGCUUAGCUAAUUUGGGUUGUAUGAGGCCCUUUUCUUUCAGUCACAACAACUCAGCCCUUAAAGCCGUGCCCAACCGAUCCAAAACCAAGCCAUUUCUUCCUUUGAUUUUAAGACUGGUGAAAGCCUUUGAGAAUAUGAGAUUAUGGCUUGAGAUUGAAUAG